CCAACAUGGCGGCGAGAAAUGUUAGAAAAGCAUUUCAGCAAGUAAAUAGAGUCAAUGAUAUCCUUUUGCCACAGUUUGAAAACUUAAAYCAAAGAAAACUUGGUAAAUCUGCUUAUAAUGUAUAUGUGGAUUACAAAGCAGUGUUUGUGGACUUUUUAAAAGGAGUCAAAGACAAGCCUUUGAAGACAGCAACGUACUUUGCCGGAGUUGGUGMGUUGUAUUUSAUCUACCGUAACAACCCAAAUGAACGCACUUAUCUUGAUUUACUCAUGAACAAUUCAGUAGAGCUGRUGCAGAUUUCUAAGACAAUAAGYAACCCAGUAACUGAUGCUUACACGCGAGAUGUUUUGCAAUGGCAUUACGAAGGUAGAUUGAAAAGGCAGUCAUUAGGUCUAUUUUCAGUGAUGCUGCUAGAUGAUUUCAGCAAGGAGAACGACUCGUACGAGAAGCAUUGUUACUAUACCAAGCAACGGUGGAUUUAUUUAUGGAAGCAAAUCAUUGAUGUAGGAAUUCUUGGACACUGGAUCAACCUUGAAAGUUCAAUGGAAGAUUUUGACGUUAAUAUUGAGGAYUUAGKCGACUGUCCUCGUGAUGAACCAGAGGGAAAUCCCMUGAUAAACAAGACAAGAAAGGUUUUAUCUUUUCUUAUGCUUUAUUUGGAAGAUCUUGUGUACAGUGUCAAGCAAAGCUAUGAAAAMUUGACAAUUUCAGAAUCCUAACUAAAGUUUGUAUCCUUUUUUGCUCUGUGCUUCCAUUUGUGAAAGAAAUYUGCAGUAUAGAAUUUGWGUAUUGGGGUUUUCUCAUUAAACCAUGUAUUUCCUGUGAAA